AGCGAACAAACAAAGAAGACGCAGAAAAGCUCUCUGUCGGUUUUAAACCGCCGCAGUGCAUAUAACCAGUCUCAAACCAAAAAAAUUGAAAAGAAUCCAUCGAAAGAAACUUGAAGAACUACUUCAUUUAUCAAAAUUGGUAACGGUUAUCGAGAAAUUUGAAGAAAUAUUUCACCCCCAAAAAGAACAAUCGUGUCUGUGAACAAUGAAAAAAGAAGUCAAAAGUGCUGUUGAUUUUCUGGCAAAGAUUCUUCGGACUUCCAAGUAUGUGAAUGAACAGCAAGUUAGUAUUUUUAACGAAAAUCUGCAGAAUUUAUUAUGUGCUAAAUACGAGAAUCAUUGGUUUCCCUCCAAGCCAAACAAAGGCAGCGGGUAUCGAUGCAUUCGCAUCAACCACUCCAAGGACCCUCUCAUUCUUCAAGCAGGACUUUCAUGUGGCCUUAGUGAUAACGUCUUAUUUUCCAUAAUCCCUAAAGAACUUACCAUCUGGGUAGAUCCCUUUGACGUGUCCUACCGCAUAGGAGAAAAUGGCAGCAUCGGAGUGCUCUUUGAAUCGAACAACACUAGCCAAAGCCAGUCAUCUCACUCAUCUUCAUCGGUUUCAUCUGACAUGAUGUCUUUCUCAGCCAAUUCAUGCAAAGGACAGUUUUUGAACGAAUUCCCAAGAGAUAUGGGUUUCAAACAACUUGCCGCAUACGUCUACAGUUGAUUGCGAUGUCAUUUUUUGCCAACUUCAUCGCACUGCCAGUCAUCUGUACAUAAUUUUCACGGAUAACGACCUAUUUUAUUGUUAUAAUGGACUUUGAAUAUGGGAACAAUUCUAUUUUUUAAAAAGAAAUUAUUUUUUUUCUUUUUACAUGUUAAGUAUUUGAAAAAAUGUGUUGUAGAUUUUGAUGUAGUGCUAGGCAAAUUAAUUCCAUUGUGUGUGAUAUUAUUUGAAGGGCAAUAUUUUUAUGAAGAAUGAAUUUGAAUUUUUGAGAAUGUGCAUGAAUGGAGAGUUGAUAUCUACAUCAUAUGAAUUUUAUACUGUAGAUCGGGUAAUAUCCUGCAGCCAUGAAAUGGGACUCGUAGGGUUGUUUUUUAACUUGCAAUGUCACUUAUUUUUAAGUGGUUGAAGCAUUUUUAAGUCUUUCAUGACCGAUAUGUGUCCCAUUUUUGAUCUCUAUAGUGUAUGUACAUGUAUUUUGUUUACCCAAUUUGUAUGAGUGAACAGUGAAUUGUUUCCAAGGGGGCAUUGUAUAGAAAUAUAUAUUUGCUCCUUUUAACAGGUGCAUAAUUUCUAAGAAAUGAUGAAAAAUAAAAUUUUAAAAAAAAUGUCAAAAUGUCGGAAUAAAUUAACUUAUAUGUAGCAAAAUA